AUGGCUUCGCCUGAGACAGCGCCUCUUUUAGGCGGUCCCGGCCCAAGUACUCUCCCGACCGCCGAGACAACCACAACUGAAAAUGUCCGCCCAGCAAACCCAAAACGUCUAUCCGCAGGCGUAGCCCGCAUGGCCCUGAUAUCCCGCUCCCUCACAAACACCCACCAAAUCUGGCUCUUUUCAGGAAUCUUCCUCGUCGGCUACGCCUACGGCCUCGAAUCACAAACACGCCUCGCAUACCAAUCCUACGCAACAUCCAGCUUCGACCUCCACUCAUACCUCUCUACCAUCAACGUCUUGCGAAAUGUAAUCGCGGUCGCUGUGCAGCCUAGCGCUGCGAAGAUAGCGGAUGUUUUUGGACGGUUUGAGGUUAUUGCUAUAAGUACUGUGCUGUAUACGCUUGGUAUCGCUAUUGAGGCGACGGCGGGGAGUGUUGAGGUUUUUUGUACGGGGAGUAUUAUCUAUCAGACGGGGUUUACUUGUGUUGUGCUGCUUUUGGAAGUUCUUAUUGCCGACUUUUCAUCGAUGCGAGCGAGAGUGUUUUUCAGCUAUUUACCCGCCAUCCCAUUCUUGAUCAAUACGUGGAUUAGCGGAAACAUCACUUCUGCAGUCCUGGAAAAGACGAGUUGGCGCUGGGGUUUGGGAAUGUGGGUGAUUAUAUAUCCCCUCGCUUCACUGCCUCUCCUGUCAUGUCUCUACUUCCUCGAGCGAAAGACCUGGAUAGGUGGCAAAGAAAGUGAAGAAGUUGCUCUUCUAUCUCUCAAGACGAAGAAAGGAAGAGCAGAUCUUUUCCAUCAACUCGAUAUUAUCGGUCUUGUUCUUCUCGUCUCAGCAUUCUCACUCAUCCUUGCGCCUUUGACCGUUGCAGGCGGAACAGCAAGUCAUUGGCAAAGCUGGUACAUCAUUCUACCUUUAGUGAUGGGCGUUUGUUUGAUGGGUGCAUUCAUCACAUGGGAGCAGCGCGGCGCGAGACAUCCGCUUAUUCCAUUCCACCUUCUUCGCGAUAGAGGAGUAUGGUCAGCUCUCGCUGUACGAAGUUUACUCAACCUGGCAUGGUGCACACAAGGAAAUUAUCUCUACACGAUCCUCAUCGUCGCAUUCGACUUUUCCAUCGAGAACGCAACACGCAUAUUAUCAUUCUUCUCAUUCUUCGGUGUUAUCACCGGUGUUCUCGCCGGCCUUGUUAUUUUCAAGAUUCGACGACUGAAGUUUAUCAUUGUUGGCGGUACACUUCUUUUCAUGGGCGCCUUUGGACUUUUGAUAGCAUAUCCUGGCGGAGCAUCGGUAUCGUCAAAGGAUGGUAUUAUCGCGGCGCAGAUUCUGCUUGGUGUGGCUGGUGGUUUCUUUGCUUAUCCGACACAAGCUUCCAUCCAAGCUUCUGCGUCACGAGAACACGUUGCGAUCCUAACAGGUCUAUACUUAUCCUUCUACAACGUGGGAAGCGCGUUUGGAACAUGUCUCUCCGGAGCCAUCUGGACACAAACUCUCUACAAAUCCCUCAAGCGAAACUUGGCCUUCCAACCGGAUGAAGGUCUUGCCAAGGCGAUUUACAACAAUCCUUUCUCCAUCAUCCCUGAUUAUCCCGUCGGAACAGAAAUUCGAGAUGCGAUUAUCAACAGUUAUAGUUCUGUGCAGCGAUUGCUUUGCAUUGCGGGUAUUUGCGUCUGUAUACCCAUGAUUAUAUUUGCAUUGGCUUUGAGAAAUCCGAGAUUGUCAGAGCAACAGAUUCAAGAUGAGGAUGAAAGCGAGGACUGA